AAUUGACUAAUAUGAUAAAUUGUAUUUUAUAAGAAUUUUUAAAUGGAGUUGGUUUCUUAAAUAAGAUGGCAUGAUCUAUUUAAACUUUAUGUUAAUUACCACAUGUACCAUGAAUUAAUUGAUUCCUUUAAAAACUUUAUGUUAAUUACCACAUGUAAUAUGAAUUAAUUGAGUUCUUUCACAGAUAAAAAGCUAGCUAAUAUCAUCCCAUUUUUUUGGCUACAAAAUAUAAUCCCUUUAUAUACUCCACAAACACAACAAUAUCCAAAACAUGUUUAUGUGAAAAAAGCAAUUACAGAAUAAUACUUACACGAGAGAAUCAAGAAGAGCGAUUGAGAGAAUUGAAGAAUUGUAUGAUGCUGUAAUAGUAAUGUGAAUAUCCUUGAUACCUUUUUUUUUUUUUUUUUUCUCAAUGAAGAAAGUCAUUGAGUAAUCAUUGGAUAUAUCGUGGAAAACGAACUGUCAUAGGAAAGUUGACCGUACGAUCUGAAGUGUGACACGUGGAGAUUUUGACGGUUGGGAUGACUUAAUUUACAUGUGAAAACAGAAGAAACAGUUGACUUUUGUUGAUAGCGUUUAGUCGAUCGAGCACAAAAUUAUCAAACAUCACCAGUUCAAAUAAUUCUUAGGAUUAUUGAUUGCAUUGCAAGAAACAACACUAAUGAUGCCCCAAAAACCACGAACUGUGAUCUGUGUCGGAGACAUCCAUGGAAACAUAUCACUGCUUAAUAAACUCUGGCUUAAUCUUCAAUCCGACAUCGAACAAUCAGAUUUCAACUCAGCUCUCGUCAUCUUCCUCGGCGAUUACUGCGAUCGUGGACCGGAGACUAAAAAAGUCAUCGACUUCUUGAUCUCUUUGCCGGAGAAACAUCCCGAGAGACUGCAGACCCAUGUCUUUCUUGCCGGAAACCACGACUUUGCUUUUGCUGGGUUCUUGGGUUUGUUACCUCGUCCUUCAAAUGGGUCUGAUUUUAAGGAUACAUGGAAGGAGUACUCAAAAAGUGAGGAGAGAGAAGGAUGGUAUAAAGGUGAAGGGUUUGAGGAUAUGCAUCUCCAAAGUAGGAGAUGGGCGGGAAAGAUUAGGGAUCAGUUCGAUUAUUCCGCAUAUGGAGUGUUGUAUAAUGGAUCGAUAUACGAUGCUGCCUCGACUUUUGAAUCCUAUGGCGUUCCUCAUGGAUCUUCUGAUUUGAUAAAUGCAGUAUCUGAGAGUCACAAGAAGUUCUUGACCAAUAUGGUAUGGGUCCAUGAAGAGGAAGAUGUUUGUAUAGAAACAGAGAAAGGGCUUAAGCAUUGUAAGUUGAUAGCUGUACAUGCUGGUUUAGAGAAAGGGAAUAACGUAGAAGAACAGCUUAAACUAUUGAGAGCUAAAGACACAAGCAUUCCAAGGAUACAACAUGAACCUCUAACUGGUCGGAAAACCGUUUGGGACAUCCCACGGGAACUAGAUGAUAAACAGACUCUUAUAGUUAGCGGCCACCACGGGAAACUUCACAUUGAUGGCUUGAGAUUGAUCAUCGAUGAAGGCGGUGGAUACGCCGAUAAACCCUUGGCUGCAAUUGUUCUUCCUUCUAAGAAGAUUAUCCGCGACACCGAUAAUUUUUCUAAUUAAGUAUCUACUGUCUUUAUAUUAGGGGGGUGUAUUGAAGAAAGAAUUUAGAGUGAUUUGAGUUUUAAUGAGUUUUGAAAUGAUUUUGGUGAAUUUUGGUGAAUUAGGAAAUUUGUUAUUAAAAUACUCUCAAAUCCCACCUAAAACCAUGAGAUUUGGAUGUUUGAAUUUUUAACUAAGAUAUUCUCUGAAAUCCCACCCAAAGUCACUCAAGUCACUUCAAA